CUCACAUCCCAUACCCAUCACAUACCGGCCGCCGCUGCUCUCUUAUCUCUCACUCCGUACACCAACGCAUGACACCCAGCGGGCGACGCCCAGCGUACAACUACCGCGCGACUCCUCUGGCAGCUUCCACUAUCUGCAACAUGUGUGUUUUUGCUGGAUAAAUCUCUUGUGGAUUAUUGUUUGUUGUGUUGGUUGGGAGAUUGCUGCCCAUCUGGUGUGAAAUUUGAUUGGAGAAAUUGUUUGUUUAGGAGUUUUGAUGUGGAAGUGUUGAAUGGAUUUCGUGAUUGAAUUUGUUUGUUGUGGAAUUCGCCAUUUCACCUUGCCCACCACCUGCUUGAUAAAUUGCCCAGACCACUCUCACCAUCAUCGUUUUGCCUUUUGCCUCUAGCCUUUGCUGCUGUUUUGGAUUUUAGUUUAUUAUUUUUUUUCAUUAAGGACAAUUGAGUAAAUCGGUAAUGAAUUUUUUUUCCUUAAUUUCGUUUUUUCUUUUUUCAUUCCCUUUUCUUAAUAUUUCUUCUUAUUUCCUUCCCGUGUCUUUUUUUUUUUUAUCUCUCCUCUUCUUCUUCUUCUUCUUCACUCCAUCGUCCAUUUCCUUAUUCUUUCUCCUUCCCGUUUCCUUUUAUUUCCUCUCCUCCUGUUAUUCUUCUUCACUCCAUUACUCCUUUCCUUUAUCUUUUUUUUUUUCCUUUAUUUCCUUUUCUUCUAUUUUUUCCUUACCUUUUCUUCACCACGACGCACAUCCUGCCACGACACAUGUGAGUCUUGCCACACGAACCAGUGCCAUAGAUAAGCCGCAAGGUUGUAGAUUUCGACUGGGUUUGUGGAAUUUUUGGGUUUUAUAUCAAAUCAAUGUUACAGAUUUUACAUAGUUGUUCAUAUCUUUGUAGAACAGAAAAACCCGGUUAAAAACCGAGUACCCGGUAACCGUAUCGGAAACCCGGUUCGAUUCAAAACCCCGAAUUUCCGCUUCGGUUCGGCCAAGUCUACAACCGGUUCGAAUACCCGGUUUUGAACAUCGCUGCUAAAAGGUAUUCUUUCUAAAGCGCAGCCGUUUUGUUCAGCGGACACCCAACAACAGAACAAAGCACUACCUGAAAUACAGCGUUUACAGCCGUUGAAGGACGCUAGCACCUCACUGCGACCCCCCACCAGAAACGCAGAGACACGAGCGGCCACUCUGAAACGUUGUUUCUCUACAAUCUCUUGGACGCCACGUAGCAGCCCCCUAAGUCUACCUGAAGUUGCCCGAAGCCGGAACCGCUGCAGCAGGCAACAUAUCAUUAAAACUAUAAUUUUUUUUUUUAUAUUUUUUGUUUUAUAUUCUCAUUAGAAAUGUAAUUUAUUUUUAUUUUUUGUUUCAAAUUUUUAUACAUCGGGGUCCGGGUUGAAUUAGGUCCGUUUCAGACCCGGAUAAACCCGGCCCGAGAGUUUUACAUCGCUGGAACUCCAAAGGGUUUAAACUGUUUUUUUUUUUUUUUUGAAAACCAAAAAAUAAAAAAUAAAAAAUAAAAAAUGGAGGUAGUGAAGAUGAAAAGCGAGCCAGUUUUGCCAUGGAUGCGAAGGCCAGUUGACGUCACUAACUUUGAAGAACGAACUCUUGAAGCCGUCCCCUGUCUGGACCCAAGGUUGAAGGUGGCUUUGCAGAAGAUGAGUAUCUCGUCACUCUUCCCAGUGCAACUUGCAGUUUGGCAAGAGACCAUAGGGCCUGGUUGUUUUGAACGAGAUCUCUGCAUCAAUUCACCAACAGGAAGCGGUAAAACUUUAGCUUAUGCUUUGCCGAUAGUGCAGAUGUUGUCGAAUCGUGCUGUUAAAUGUCUGCGAGCUUUAGUGGUUUUGCCUACUCGUGAUUUAGCCUUGCAGGUCAAAGAAGUUUUUUCUGCAAUUGCACCUGCAGUUGGUUUAUCUGUUGGUUUGGCUGUGGGUCAAUCUUCAAUUGCUGAUGAAAUUUCAGAUCUUGUUAAGAGACCUAAGCUUGAGGCAGGAAUCUGUUAUGACCCAGAAGAUCAUUUCCAGGAUUUAAAAAGUGCUGUACAUAUAUUGGUGGCCACCCCGGGAAGACUUAUGGACCACAUCAAUACAACUAAAGGAUUUACACUUGAGCAUCUAUGUUACCUUGUGGUUGAUGAAACAGAUCGAAUGCUUAGGGAGGCAUAUCAAGCCUGGCUACCAACUGUACUUCAAUUGACUCGCUCUAAUUAUGAAAGCCACUUUCGUUGUGGAAAUACUUUUAAUCAUUUCUACUGCUUGUAUCUCACACUGCCAAAUUGUUCCACAUUUACUGCAGUGGUGUUGAGAGGGGAUUAG